GCCGUGGCGGCGCCGCAGAGCGAGCUUCACGGUCGCAGGAAAAGCAGCACACAAUCCCUGGUGAAGGACGGAGGAGCUGGCGCUGCCCGGGACACGCUUUCUCCUUCUGCUGCCUUUUCCGCUCCAUAACCUCAUAUCAACAGACCCUUGGGCACGUGGGAGAGCCUUUGGCCAUGUCAGGACCGAGGAAAGGGGCUGCAUCGCGGCUGCUCAAAUGUGCCUUCUGCAAAACCACCCGGGAGAAGGAGUGCGGUCAGCUGCUGAUGUCUGACAGCCAGAAGGUGGCAGCCCACCAUAAGUGCAUGCUUUUCUCGUCAGCUCUGGUCUCGUCACCCUCGGAGAGUGAAAACAUUGGAGGAUUUUCCAUUGAAGAUGUGAAAAAGGAGAUCAAGAGGGGAACUAAAUUGACGUGUUCUUCGUGUCACCGACCAGGUGCAACUAUUGGCUGUGACGUCAAGACAUGCCGGAAGACGUAUCACUACUAUUGUGCUUUGAAGGAUAAAGCGCAGAUUAAAGAGAAUGCCUCACAGGGGAUCUACCUUGUUUACUGUCGGAAACAUCGUGAUGCUUCUCAGAAUGACAUUCAAGAUGAAGAGGAAGGAGUGGCUAAUGAUUCAGAUUCGUCACCUCCACAAAGUCGGGGACGGGGAAGGUUUGAAAAGGGGCGAGCCAAGGUUGGAUCUCGUGGGCAGUCAGAAGAAACCCGCUCCGCCUCCUCGCAGGCUGCAGACGAGGAGAGCUCCUCUCAUCGGGACAGGUCACCCCUUCGGGCCAGCCCAGGAGAAAGCGGCCAGCGCUGUGGCUUUUGCCAUGCUGGUGAGGAAGAGAAUGAAACAAGAGGAAUGCUGCACACAGACAACUCCAAGAAAGUGGCUGCACACUACAAGUGCAUGCUCUUUUCUUCGGGGACAGUACAGCUGACCACUACGUCACGGGCCGAAUUCGGAAACUUUGAUGUGAAAACGGUCAUCCAGGAAAUCAAGAGGGGCAAAAGAAUGAAAUGCACACUGUGUACUCAGUUGGGUGCAACCAUUGGGUGUGAAAUCAAGGCGUGUGUAAAGACCUAUCACUAUCACUGUGGCCUGCAGGACAAAGCCAAGUACAUCGAAAACAUGGCCCGCGGCAUUUACAAACUAUAUUGUAAGAACCACAGCGGCAACGAGGAGCGGGAUGAGGAGGACGAGGAGCGGGAGAAUCGCAGUAGAGAGAGGGCAGCGAUCAACCACGGAGGAACACCAUCAACACAAGUGAACGGUAACUAGAUCUGGUGGUGAAGAUUAGAAGUCAAAGACAUGGGGGAGAUAUUUUUUAUACUAAAUCUUAGCCUACUCACAAAGUCUUGGUCCUGGAGCUCCCGCGAGUCUUUCACGUGGUUUCUUCCCCUAACUGGACAUGAAGUUCCAAUGUGCAUCAGAUGUCGUCUUUUUUUUUAAAUCCCGUUUAUGAGUUGCUGAGCGUUUCACAGACUGGUGUUGUUCUGCCGAGCUCUGGGCGGCUGCAGCCCCAGGAAGAUCCACGGCACGGACAAACGCCCCCAAUAAGAGCUGAAGAACUGAUCUUUUGAUUGUCAUUCACUGCCCAUCAUCCCCCCUUAUUACAUGAACCACACUUGCUGAAAGCUGCAACAUUCUCGCCCUCCCUCCACCUCUAAAGGACUCACUUUUAAGACGAGUCCAUUUGUUACUAGUCUCUAUGAAGUUGUGCAGUUCAAUGACCUUGUUUCCGUAACCAUGUCUUAAGAAUACUCUUUCAUGUUAGCCUUUCUUUCUCAAUAUGUAAUAUUUUGCUACGGUAUUAUCAUAAGUACUUUUGAAUAUCUGGAUUUCAAAUGGUGACGAGUUUUGCCAGCAUGCACUUGGAGUUUCCCACUGUUAAAGGUGGCGUUUUCUUUUCUUUCUUUUUUUAUAUUGGCUGCUGAAGGGUAAAGUAGAGCCCUUUAGAGGAGUUCGCUUGACUUUGUUUGUACUGUUACUUGUAUCUCAACAAAUGUACCCAUGGACAAUUGGAAUAGAAAUUAUUUUAUUUUACAUGUCA